UAACCGUCGUAACGAAUCACUCUAUAACGCGUAUACUUCACGGUCGAAAAGUGAUGUGCAGAAAAUAAAUACAUUCCGUUUAACAUUUGCAAUUCGCUGAGUAGGCUGACGAGACAAGUUCUUCACGAAGAUUUAUCGAACGAGUUAAAGAUAAUUUUAUUAUCACAUAAUAAAAAUGCCCGCUGACGUUCUUGGAUACGUAUACGCCGCUGCAGUAGCGGCUGGCGGCGUUCUCGGUUAUGUAAAAGCACAAUCGAUCCCAUCCCUUGGCGCCGGACUUGCUUUUGGGUCUGUUUUGGGCUAUGGAGCUUACCAAACUUCUGAAGAUCCGACGAACAUCAGACUUUCAGUGGCAGCUACUUUGGUUCUUGGGGGUCUGAUGGGUGUCCGUUAUUAUUCUUCUGGCAAAAUGAUGCCAGCUGGGAUGCUCGCUAUACUCAGCACUGCGAUGCUGAUCAAAACUGUUGUUAGGUCAUUUACAGCAGUUCCUAUGAAGACACAAUAAAAGCCCUCUCAUCUAA